AUGCUCGCUGCAAGGACGGUCCUGCUGCUCGUGCUGCUCCUCACCUUCUCCCUGCACUGCACCGUAGCCCACUUCACGCCCACCGAAUGCUGCUUCAAGUACGCGCAAAAACCCGUCCGACACAUACAGAGUUUCUACAAGACGCCCAGUGACUGCUCCAUGCCUGCAGUUGUGAUUGUGGCUGCCACAGGUGCUGAGGUCUGCGCCGACCCCAAAAAGCCCUGGGUGAAGAGAGCCAUGAAAAAGCUUCAAAGGAAAAAAUGA